AUGCCUCCUGCAGUCCUUAGCCAUGGCGACUACACCGUCGCGUGGAUUUGCACGCUGCCCAUCGAGAGGACAGCAGCAAUCUCUGUUCUAAAUGAGCAACAUUCACAGUCAGAAAUGUACGUUCUCGGCAGAUUACACGCUCUCAACGUGGCGGUCAUUUAUCUUCCACCUGGUAUACAUCACUCAGAGGCCGCUCCCACGACGCUCAAGAACAUCCUGGCGGGUUUCCCCAACGUCUCUUUUGUCUUGCGGGUUGGACUCGGAGGCGGGGUUCCGAUGGCGGCAGGCAAAGAUAUUCGUCUCGGCGACGUGGUUGUUGGUACUGAGGGGGCCAUGAAGUAUGAUAUUGAGAACCGCCUUUUAGCCAGUCCGUUAUCCUCGCGACCUAUCCAUCCAGCCUUCUUCCUCCCGGACAAGAAGGUUGUUCGCAACGAGGGAGCAGUCCGUCUGGCAGAGGCGAUGUCUUCCGUACCACAAGACAACACCACGGUCUUCAAACGGCCGAGCAAUGAUCUCCUUUUCAACAGUGAAUAUUGCCAUCGAGGCCGACGUACAUGUGCAGCCUGUAAUAAAAAUCAGCUUGUUGAUAGAGACCCGCGGCCAACCGAUACGCCUUACCUUCACUUUGGUUCCAUUGCAUCCGGGGAUCCGGAUAGGAGGACAUCUGCGCCAGACCGGGAUGAACUUGGAAGGAAACAUCAAAUCCUCUGUUUUUGUUUCGAGGAUGAUUUUUCGAGUUUGCUGCUUCCCAGACCUUACUUGGAUAUCCGAGGCAUCUCUGAUUACUGCGACUCACACCACAACGAGGAUUGGCAGGGGUAUGCAGCCCUGGCGGCGGCAGCGUAUGCAAAAGCACUGCUAUCUUUCCUCUCUCCUGCUCUUAUAUCUGGAACGAAGGCUCCUCGUGGAAUUGUAUCUGGCUUGAAUGCGGCAACCACGUCCGCUACCCAGAAUGAUGGCAAACGAGAUAAGAAUUCUGCUGCUGAUUAUCAGGCACCUACAUCCAAUGCCCCCCCUGGCGCCCAGUCACACAGUUCGGACUUCCCACUUACAGACUCUGGGUUUGCGUCUAUGCCCCAUUUUAGUGCGGUGAAGACGACAGAAGAAGAUAUGUCAGGCCCAACAGCAGAGCAAGUCGAUGAUACCGACACACGCUCGAUCUACACGGAGGGCCCUUACCUGUCUCCUACCAAGCAGCAAAUGUACAUAUCAGCACUGGUGGAUGACCUGUCCAACAGGAUCCAGCAAGAGGGGCUUGGUGAUUUCUCUACGGAAACCAUUUCACUUGUCAUCCCAGACCUCCUGGGUACGUUCGCGAUGAAACUGGCCCAUGCAGGGUCCAGUCAGAUAUACCGGGACCUGAUGGUCUUUAUUCGCCGGCAACGAAGGGCCCUGUUCAAAAGUGCUAUUGCCAAUCAAUUGGGAACGAAAUGCGUGAGAUAUGAGGAGCCCAAUACUGGCUUCUCGCGUCAGGGUGAUAACAUGGAGUUAGACGACCUAAUGAGCCUUUGGCAUCGUAAUUUGGAUGAUACCGAAGAAGAUGAGACAUCUCAGUUUCUCGGUGCUGCCGCAGACGACUAUGAAGACGAGGCAAGUGACGAGGAUAUGCAGGAGCUGAUCGCAUAUAGGCAGCUGCUUUUUUUGAUGCCAGCAGAGACUAAUCAUCAAGACGCUAUUAGGCAGCAGAUUCUAAACGAGUUGCCAGGGCCUCAUCUCAUCAGCCGCCAUGCUUCCCCUUCUGUCUUCAAGGCAAAAUUCACCCUUGAUUGGGAUCCCAAGGCAUUCCACAUGGAGCAAGGGUAUGACGAAAUCACGAUGGACGGCCUAGGAAAUAUAAUCACGAUUACCGGGUCAGGAGUUGAUGCACAAGCAGGGACAUGCUUGCAGUAUCUUCAUCAAACAUGGAAUUUGUAUGGACGACAUGUGCUUCAAUUGAUUGAAGAGACUGUAUUCGGUCUAUCUGGUAUAUCCCGUUAUUGUACCCUCCCCGACCAGACACAAAUCCAUGCUUCGACUCGAGGAGCUGAGCUCACUGUUGAGGUCACCGGGAUUAGGGAGACUUUGGCAGAAAUUGGAGAGCUCCUGUCAUGGCUGGGUUCUGCACUUCGCUCGUCACCCUAUGAACAUGGAAUCGCUCACUGCACACCCAGUUUGGCGAAAGAGUCUGAAUUAAUGGCUUCUUCUAACUUACCAUCUUGGAGGAUAUCUUUCUGCGUCACUCAGGGGGAGCAACUUACACCAUCCUCUGGGCAAUGUUGGCAUAAUCUGUUCCGGAAUCCAGUUGUGGUUCAGGGCUUUCCCAUCCCGCGCAGGACCCAAAAUAAUACUGGUCUUGAAAUCCCCCUUAACAUCAUGGCCAGCCUGGCGCAGACACAAUAUAUUGAUAAGUUUGACGAUAAAUGGCUCAUCAAGGGCUAUUCAACUUUGCUGAUUCCAAAAUCACGGGAGAAUGAUUUAAUUACUUGGCAUCUGGUUUACGAUGCGGAUGGAGAACGUAUCUCAUACUCACAAGAUGAUAUCGCUCGUGCAGAAAGUGUUUCGAUAUCUGCUUUGGAAAACAGUCGCCACAUCGUGGGCUGGUGUUCUGAAGUCAAGUACUUUGCAGGCGCUACAGAUGCCGACUUUCGAGUCGGUCGAUCCAGACUUCUCGGGCCAUCGGCGCAAAGCAACUUGAAGAAUAUCUCUGUUUCAGCUAGAAGAGCGAUAGUUGGUGGUGACUGUGUGGUUAAGGGGAACAAGGACUUGCCUUAUCGGAUGCUUAGAGACGGCUAUAUUGAAAGACUCCGAUGGAUCUCCAGGCAGUACGUUGUGCUGUGGGACGUCAAAGACAGACGAGGGUGGCUUGUGAACGGAGUCAGCGCCUUGUUGUAUCUUGUUUAUGGCUCCCUGGAAUGCAGUCGAACUGAUGAGCUGCAAUCAAUGUUUUCUUUCAAGUUUGAGGCUAUCAAAAAUUCGAAGAACAUCGACCCAGUGAAGUCGGCGAUGGAGAUCUUGACGAACAAAGAUAACCUAAACCUCGAAUUGUACUCGCGACUUGAGAGUGCAAAACCGAGUUUUCAGCAUGCGUCAGUUCACCAAAGCGACAAAAAUGAAGCCUCAGGAGAGAAGUUCCAGGAUCGAGUGGACUAUCUGUAUCACCUCCUAGAGAAGGUCAUCGACCAUCAGCAACACCUCUUGAGACAAACAGACACAAUUCCGCGAGGAGUCUUAUACGGAUGGGAUUUCCAAGACUUUGCAUCACAUGAAGACCCAUUUGACCUCCGAGUUUAUAAGUUGGACACCCGGGGCAAAGGCUGGGUGGACUUGACCAGAGCAAUCGGCGCCGUAACUUUGUUUGGGAAAGGAUUUAGGGAGAUCCUCCAGCCAGUGUCUUCCCCUAGUCUUUGUCCAUACUGGGUAGCACUGCCAAAGAUGAACUCAUAUCUAGCAGCAAGCGGUGCUGAUCUUGAGAGAUUGAUCGAGAGGUUUGGCAAUCCGGACGAUAACCCUAUCCGACUUGCGAAGGACCUCUAUUGGCAACCGACUUUCAGCGCUGGGGGCUGUCAAUGUACGGGAUCGCCGCAAGACUCUAGGCACUGCGCAAAAACCCAAGUGAUUCUACCAUCACAUUUCAAAAAGGAAUUGCCGAGUCCGGGGCCGAGACCAUGGAAAGAUUGGGCCAUGGGAGCAGUGGUGUUUGGCCAUAACGAAGAUUUCCCUUGGACCUGGGGUGACAUAGGGCUGCCUAGUUUGAGACAGAUUCUGUCGCCAUCUGAGAUCUCCUAUGAUGAUCUGUUUGAUGAAUCGAUCUUUCAUGAUACUGGAAUUGGAACCAGUCUGGGUAAGCAGUCUUUGUACGAGGAAGAGGAGUACAUGGCUAUGGAUGAACGGGCUACAGCAGAGCCUCGAAACCAGAAUUUCACUCACAACGACUAUGACAUUGGGGUUGUUUGUGCAUUGGCAAAUGAGCUUUUCGCUGUGCGGGCUUUAUUCGAUGACUCCCAUCCUCCAUUGGAGACCACUGAUAAUGACCCGAAUACUUACUCCUUGGGUCGGAUCAAACAGUAUAAUGUGGUGGCAGUCGGCAUGCCUACGGGUGAUAUUGGCUUGAGCUCCGCCACAAAUGUCGCAUCCCAUCUGGUUCGAAGCUUUGCAGCAGUGAGAUUCUGCCUAGUCAUCGGAGUUGGAGGAGGAGUCCCUUCGACAAGCCAUGAUAUCCGGCUGGGAGAUGUGGUUGUCGGGACAGGGGUAAUACAUUUCGAUAAAGGGAAGUUGACCCAGGACUCUACCUUUCAUGCGACAGGGAAUAUCCAGAGACCUCCACCUUGGUUAGGCUCAAUCUUGAGCGAGAUCGAAUCAGACCCUCGAUGCUCCUUUAACAACAAUUCAAACCCUUUGCUCAGAGAUAUCGACCGUGUUACAGCCAGGCGACCUGAAUAUCAGCAUCCUGGCGCGGAGAAUGAUAUCCUAUUUGAAGCCGACAACAUUCACGAGAAGGAAAAUCCCACCUGUGCUUCCUGUAGUGGUUCUCCUCGAGAACGAAGUCCGCGACAGAGUCUUGGCCCCGAUGUCUUUUAUGGCUUGAUCGCCUCCAGUGAUAAAGUGAUCCGGGAUGCACAACUCAGAGAUGAGCUGGCAAAGAGGAAUAAUAUUCUCUGCUUCGAGAUGGAGGCAGCAGGCGUGAUGCGCACCACGUCGUGCCUUGUCGUUCGAGGAAUUUGUGAUUACGCCGAUUCUCACAAGAACAAGCUGUGGCAAAACUAUGCAGCCGCUGCGGCCGCUGCGUACGCCAAAUUCUUCAUUUCUCGCAUUCCCAGACGCGCAAAUUCUAUACACCUCCGAUCGCAGCUCGAGGCGCCCAUGACGCUUAUUUCUUCCCAGCACCGUAAACGAGCAUUUUCAUUUUCAGAGGCACACAUGCUCGAUGACAUCACCGAAGAUCGAUCGAUCGAUCAGAAAGAAUAUAAAAGGCCCUCGACAGAAACCGACUCCUUCUCUUCCCUCCUCAACUCACUUUUAUUCAUCAUGUUCCCGCUCUUCACCAACCCGGUCCUCGCCAUUUUCACUCCCAUCCUCAGUGGGACAGCAAUAGCUGCAAGCACUCGUAAGAAGAAGAAGAAGAAGAAGAAGAAGAAGAAGAAGAAGAAGGAGAAGAAGAACAAUGAUAAUAAUAAUAAAUAGGGGGAACAAAAAAUACAUACGCGUCUAUUCGCCAACCACCAUAUUCCCCCCCAGCAUGGCUCUUCGCACCAGCCUGGACGCUUCUCUACGGAAUGAUGGGCUACGCGUCUUACCGUGCGACCAUCACAGGACUGUCGUCUCCGUCUAGCAGGGUGCGCGAGUUGACUCGGACCGCGCAGGGAGUGUAUCUCGCCCAACUGGUGCUGAAUAACGCAUGGAUGCCGCUUUUCUUCGGGGUGAAGAAGCCGCUCCUUGCGUUGGUGGAUAUGUUGGUUCUCUCGGGGGCAGUGGGGUGGUUACUCACCACGUAUCAGGAGAUUGAUUCUACUGCGUACGCGCUGAUGGUUCCUUAUGGGUUGUGGUUGGGGUAUGCGACGUAUCUGAACGCUGGGGUUGGAUAUUUGAAUAGUUGGAGAAUUUAAUAUAUAGUAUAUAUAC